AUGACCCUAUCCUUCUAUCUGUUCCUGGUAUGCGCUUUGACCUGCUGGUCACAGUACGCAGCAGCUUACCACGCAACAUCAAUAGACACUCUCACCGUCGGUUUUGCACUCACGGUCGACCAUGCAACUGCUACAAUUCGCCACAACAGCACGUUCUUCGAGGACCUGCCCAAAGUCGAAGCUUCGGAGGAAUACAUCAAGUUGAUGCAAAGGUUCUCGUUGUGGUCCUCUCAGCAUCCUAGCCCACCAUAUGCAUCACUCGGUGACUUAUGGAACGAUAUCCCUCGUCAAAGAGAACGAGACGCACGCAAGCAAAAAGGACUUCCUGCUUCCAAUGACGUGGCUGUAAUUGCGACAUUGCUCAAAGCCAUCAAAGACGUUGCUGAAGCAUCUGUGGGCGCUUCUGUUUCCGCUCUAGUGAGCUUCCCUGCUUUGCCUGGCCUUUAUCAGGAGGAUAUAGUCGAUGCCGCCUAUUACAUCGGUCUUGAGAGACUAGCAAAAGGCCUCGCGCGUCAUCCUCACGAACUCAUCGCUGCAUACGCGGGUCACGGAUACGACCUGUGCAAGAGCUACAACCCCGUAAAACGAUGCGUACCGGACGAUGGAGGCAGUUUCACAACCCGUACUGUGCUGCUGGCUGAAUACACGCAAACCGCACUGUUGUUGCACUUGGAGGGUCUGAAUGGAGCAGUCGAACUGUCAUGGCCGAACAUGUACCUUGAACUGCAAUUCGACCUAGGUAGCUCUCGGACGCCGGACGAGCAGGACGUUCGCAAUAGCGUACUAAAUUUUCUGUACCAUCACUACAACGAGCGAUUAGGGAGAGGACCACCGAACAUGACCGUCAUCUUGGUGGGUGAUCCCGAGAGCGUCGGCGACGGCAAGGUGCAACGAGCAACGAAGAUUGUGCUUGAAGCACUCGGGGCGCAUGCCGAAGUUCUGGCUGAGAAUUCAGCUCAUGUAGCAGCAAGGGGAGCAGCGGAGAUGGCGUGGCGAGCGCUGGAUCACGACGAAAGAAUGGAAUUGUGA